AUGGGUGCAUCUCAGUCAAAAGCCGACGAGGAACCGAAAGUCUUCUACAACGAGACUCCCAUACAGUUCUCUCAAGAUCUCGUCAACCACCUUGCUGACACGGUCGAUACACAUCCAGAGCGUCAGUCUACCCUCGACGGUCACGUUCGAGCGCGUAUACAAUCAGAACUCGCCCGCUUGCGCGAAGAAGAAGAAGAAGUUCGACAGCAGAUUGAGUUGGCACUGGAAAAGGAGAAUUUGGACCGAGAGAGGGACAUGGCAGGGGAUGUAAGCGCGACUUCCGAGGCUGAUUCUAGCGCUAUCGGCGAUGUGAAGAGCAGUGAAGUCCUACUGGGUGACUUGGAGGAGGUGCGCACCAAGGUUGAAAGGUUCCAGACGAGACAACAAUUGGUUGAGUUGCCUGAGUUGAAGACGAAGGGCGAAGCCGUCGUGUCAUGCUACAGGUCGCACCCAUCGACAAGUCUAGACUGCUGGCGCGAGGUUUCAGAGUUCCGGGCUGCCGUAUCGCAGGUCGAGCAGCAAUACAUUGCCUCCCUUCGGUGA